AUGGGCACGCGAUCCAGAUACGGCUGCAUCGAUUGCAAAAAGGCCAAGGUCAAAUGCGACGAGGUAUAUCCAGCCUGUGGCACUUGCAAGCGUCGAGGUCGACAGUGCAGUGGCUACAGGCACAUCGCUACGAAAGCCCAGAAAGCUCCUGGAGCACCAACCACCCAAAUCACCUUGCCCUGUACUACAAGCCCAGAGGCAACCUUCGGUUUGUCUUUGAAAACCGGGUCUGCCACAGACGAAGCGCAGACACAUGAGGCUGCUCUUUCCUCUGUUGAAAUCUUCAGUCCUUCAGAUUCCGACGCUUCCUCAAUUACCGCCUUUUCUCCGACCGCAAAGAACAAUAUUCCUCUGGCGUGGGGGCCACUUCCAUUGAGAACUAUGGCUGUCAUUCCUCCAGGAGCCGUUCAGCCCACGGAUGAGCCAUUCAUCGAGGUAUACUUCCUGCGUCAUCCAGCAGAUUUGGUGUUUGGCGGCGAAUUCGUUCAGGAGAUGAACUCCAAUGUCUUAAAAGUCUUCCAAAACAGCCCGCAGGCCGUGAGCGACUCUCUAUCUGCUAUUGGAGAGACAUAUUUGCAAGACAAACCUCUUCCAGUUCUGGUCUUCGUUCCAAACCGAAAGGCAAGGAUAUUGGCUCGUUUACGGAACAUGGACAAACUCGGGGUCAGCCUGGAGCUCCUGUUAUUAACGUUCCUGGGUCUCUGUGCUGUAGAGCUCGUCGAUGCCGGUUAUUGCGAAGAUAGUAUUUCUACAAUCCCGGCACUGAUGGAGAACUUGGCCAUGAUGUUGGAGCACUACCUCCACAGAGGGCUUGAACUAUCCCAGCUGUCCAAGUACUUUGUUCGUGCUUUAGCGAGGCAGGACAUGAUGAUCGCCUUGUCGAGAUUCCACCGCCCCCGAAUUCCUACCGCCUACUGGCUCGAUGACUACGCGCGACAGCACCUGGACCGCUUUAUGGGCUAUACUGGCCCGCUGAUGCCCCUGUUGGCUGAGCUGUGUGCUUUGGCUGAGGAUAUCCGAAUUGCAGCCAAUGACAACCCUUCGGAUGAAGACCUUCAGCCAGCGACGUUUUCAAUCUCUCGCCACCACUCAGCAAGUCUACUUGAUCGAGCUUCCCAGCUUCAAUCCCGACUCGAGCUAUGGCAUCCUACUAUCGACCCACAGCUCUCAUUUGAAUCUUCACGAAAGUUUCUGAUGCAUGCGAAUGCGUACCGCAGUAGCUCACUACUGUACCUCCACCGACUUUUUCGUCCUCCCGGCAGCUCUAUGGAAGCAGAUCAGAGAGCUCUAACCAUGGCGUAUGAAGUCCUGGUACACACCACAGCGUCCGAUGAAGACGUGAAGAUGUCCUUGUGGCCUGUCUUUCUAGCGUCAUGCGAAAUGAACAGUGAGGCUGAUAGGAUGAGCGCCACGCAAAUCAUGGGGGCGGUCUGCAGAGGCCGCAACAUAGUUACCACCCUCCGAACAAGGUCGUUUGUCAUCAAUCGAGUUUGGCCGGCAAGAGAUGCUGGGCUAGAUUGGAAUUGGAGGACGCUCGCCCAACAAUAUCCGAAUGAGCUGCUACCUAUCUAA